AUGGCUUCUAAGCAGGUUACUCUUGGGUAUGUCAAGUCUUCUCAAACUACAUUAGGGUGCGGCGACAGCAGCAGACUAAAGUUCUUCGGAAAACCCAACGGCGAUGCAGCGAAACAACAAUCGAAACUCUCCUUUUCCACAAGACCGAAGCCUGCGAAGAAGGAUGUAGAGGCAAAGGAAGAGCCGCAGUCUUCGCCAGAGGAAGCGAAGAAGGAGCAAAAUGACGACGUCGAUUCGGAUGCAGAAGUGCGGGCACCUGUCAAGGAAGAGGCAGAGGCAGAUGAGGAUGCGAUGGAAGUCGACAGUACCACAUCUGAGUCGGGAAAGAAGAGGCAAAUCAAAGAGGAAGCAGAGGAGGAGUCCGAAGAGGAACCUCCAACGAAACGACAACGAAGGAAACCUGCGGAAGAGAAGAAGAGCCCAGAGAAAGCAGCUACGAAGCCAAAAUCCGACAGAGCACCCGCAAAAUCAAAGAAGGCGGCCGCCAAACCGAAAGCUGUAGUACCAGAAGACGACGACGAGGAAGUGUCAGCACCAGCCAAGGUCGGUGAGGGCAAGAAGACAGAGGCGAGAUCAUCACCCGUACCUGCAGAUGAUGAUGCCGAAUUGAACAAAGAAGAAGAGGACGACGUGGCAAGCUCAGAGGAAGAGCCAGAGGAAGUCAAGACAAAGGCGAGGAAGAAGGUCCAGACUACUCUUUCGUCCAACACCAAAGACCCAUAUCCUGACUGGAAACCCGGUGAGCCAGUGCCAUACGCCGCACUUUGCACAACGUUUUCGAAAAUCGAGAUGACGACAAAGCGUCUCGAGAUUCUGGCCCAUUGCUCGCUCUUCCUCCGUCAAGUGUUACGAUUAACGCCAUCUGAUAUGCUACCGACUGUCAUGCUCAUGGUCAAUAAGCUCGCAGCCGACUACGCGGGCAUCGAGCUGGGUAUCGGCGAGUCUCUCAUCAUGAAGGCUAUUUCUGAGAGUACCGGACGGAAUUUACAACAGAUCAAGAGUGACCAGAACGAGAUCGGCGAUCUAGGACUCGUUGCGGCGAAGAGUCGAUCGAAACAACCCACCAUGUUCAAGCCCAAAGCUUUGACUAUUGAAGGCGUACGCAAGGGACUAAUGGGCAUUGCUACUGUUGAAGGACAAGGAGCCCAAGGGCGCAAGGUCGACGGCAUCAAGAAGCUCUUGUCAGCAGCUGAUGCGCACAACUCUGGGAAGCAUAUUGAUAUCGAAAAGGACAAGGGCGGACCUAGUGAAGCCAAGUUUAUAGUCCGAACGCUAGAAGGAAAGCUUCGAUUAGGUCUUGCUGAGAAGACUGUCGUGGUCGCCGUAGCGCAAGCCAUGAUCUUCCAUGAGAUGUCACAAGAGGGCAAAAUACCAUCGACAGCAGACUUGGCAAAGGCCGAAGCCAUGCUGAAGACAGUCUACAGUGAGCUUCCCAGCUACGAAGUCAUCAUCCCGGCCAUGCUCGAACACGGUAUCAUGAACCUACGAGAGAACUGCCGUCUCCAGCCUGGUGUACCACUGAAGCCUAUGCUUGCAAAACCGACAAAGUCGAUCACAGAGGUACUCGAUCGUUUCGAAGGCAAGGACUUCACCUGCGAAUACAAGUACGAUGGUGAGCGGGCGCAGAUACACUUUGUUGCGCAUGAUGCAGAGAUAGAGCUGGCAACUGCAGCUCCUACGGCCGGCAAGAGUGACCGGGGUGUUUCAAACAUCUUUUCUCGAAACUCUGAGGACCUAUCGAAGAAGUAUCCUGAUAUUCUCGCCAAGCUACCGACCUGGGUCAAGGAAGGUACGAAGAGCUUCGUUCUUGAUUGCGAGACGGUUGCCUGGGACAUGGUGGAGAAGAAGGUGUUGCCGUUCCAACAGCUCAUGACGCGCAAGAGGAAGGAUGUCAAGGUUGAGGAUGUGAAGGUCAAGGUUUGCGUCUUUGCUUUCGAUAUCCUCUACCUCAACGGUGAGGCCCUCGUGACCAAGUCCUUCCGUGAGCGCCGCGGGCGUCUCAACGAAGCUUUUGCACCUGUUGAAGGGGAGUUCGCAUUCGCCAAGUACGGCAACACGAAUGAGUUAGAGGAGAUACAAAUCCUCCUCGAAGACUCCGUAAAAGAAGGCUGCGAAGGCCUCAUGGUAAAGAUGCUGGACGGCCCGGAGUCCUUCUACGAGCCAUCGAAGCGCUCGCAGAACUGGCUGAAGGUCAAGAAAGAUUAUCUUGCUGGUGUUGGCGACUCUCUAGAUCUCGUCGUCCUAGGAGCAUACUACGGCAAAGGCAAGCGUACAAGUUGGUAUGGCGCCUUCCUUCUCGCCUGCUACAAUCCUUCAACCGAGAAGUACGAGACAGUGUGCAACAUCGGUACCGGUUUCUCCGAAGCCAUUCUAGAAACCCUGCACAAGACACUAUCCGAAAUCGUUAUCGAUCGCCCCAAACCUUUCUAUACACACUCCACCGGCAACAAGGACCAGCCCGACGUCUGGUUUGAGCCGCGCUACGUCUGGGAAGUCAAGACGGCCGAUUUGACUCUGUCACCGCGGUACAGGGCUGCUGCAGAUGAAGUCUCUGGCGGUGGUAAAGGUGUCAGUCUGAGGUUCCCUAGAUUUAUCAAAGAGAGAGAUGACAAGAAGCCAGACCAGGCCAGCUCGAGUCGCAUGAUUGCUGAAAUGUAUCAGAGACAGGAGAGCGUCAGCAAGAAUAAGGGACCGAGUGCCGAUGAUGACUUUGAGUAUUGA